AUGACUCGUGAGGAGUACUUACAGCUUCAGUACUCUGUGGAUCAGGUCCACAGUACCAGCAUGGUUCCUGGGACGAAGACAGGGCGACGUAAGAAAACAACAACUGACCCCAUAGCAUCACCCUCAGGAGCAUCUGCACAUGUCAUUGUCACACCACAGACUUUAUCCGAUGAGACACAACCGCCGGAUGACACAAACAUUUGUGGAAGAGACACAGGGAAAAGUACGUCAACUCGUGUACGUGGUCCUACAAUCGGAAAAGGAGUGCAAAAAAGGAUUGUGAGAAAAAAAGGGGAGAAACUACAUGUAUAUGUCAAUCACAUGCUGAAUGCCCUCACUGGAGGGAAUGCCAUGCUUGCAACAAAUGGGUUGGGCUUGUUGAUAAGGCGGUUGUGCCCUCUGAAGGGAGACACGUUUGAAAUUGGUGAGGAUUUUCAUACUGAUCAACAAGCUCAAGAGAUCGUUGAUACGAAGGCGUAUCUCUUGUACAAGGAUUGGUGGUACACCCUGAAGCAACACUUCGAAAAACUUGUCGAAGAGGGUGUUGAUGACCCAUAUAGUCAUCCGCCUACAGGAGUUUGCUUGGAUGAUUGGAAACAUAUAAUUGAUGUGGCUUGGAAGGAUGAUUCUCAUUUGAAACGCUCUAAAGCUGGUAAAGCAAACCGGAGUUUGCUACCAUACAAUCACACCAGUGGAUCUCACUCCUUUCCAAUAGCAAUGUCACUCAUGGUAGAUGAAAAUGGGGAGUUGGAUUUUCGGAAUUUUAUUCCAAAUCACACAAAUCGAAGAAAACAAACGAAUGGAUUGAUCCCAAAUGUGGAUGCGAUGGUGAAUCUACAAGCGACAGCCACGGAUGCGGGGAUCCCAUUGACACAGGGGGAACUCUCACGGCAAGUGCUUGGACAGAGAAAGAAUUACUUGCGUGGAUUUGGGAUAGGCCCACGACCCUAUUCGCCAUUUGAUAGUGCGGCACGAUCUCGUGACAAACAAAUGGAGGCAAUGCGAUCUGAGAUGGAGGUUCUUCACGAAAAUUUGAUGAAGGAGAAAGAAGAGCGCCAGAGAGAUCGUGAAGAGAUGAUGAGGGAGAGACAGGAGCUGAUGAAAGAAGUAGAAGAAGGAAAAAAAGCAAGGGAGGCGCAACAAGGACAACUGAAUCAUUUGAACUCUGUGGUUUUACGACUCUCAACACUGUUGGAGGGUUCAGACGGUCAUCGUCAUAUUUGCUCUAAUUUGUGGCCUUCAUCAAAGUGCUAUUUGUUGGUUCCGUGUUUUUUCCAUUCGAAGUACAAGUCAAACCAAUCAAGUACCUACAACAAGAAUGGGAAAUCUGCUGAAAUUCACUAUGGUAGUGGGGCUAUAUCUGGAUUUUUCAAUGAAGACCACGUCCAACUUGGUGACCUAGUUGUGAAGAAUUAGGAAUUUAUUGAGGCAACCAGAGAGCCCAAUAUCAUGUUUUUGGUUGCCAAGUUUGACGGUAUUCUUGGUCUUGGAUUCUGGGAGAUCUCAGUUGGAGAUUCUAUCCCAAUGUGGUACAACAUGGUGAAACAAGUCUUGUUAGUGAGCCAGCAUUUUCAUUUUGGCUUAACUGAAAUACAAAAGAAGAAGUAGGGGGCGAACUUGUGUUCGGUGGGGUUGAUCCAAAUCACUACAAAGGUAAGCACACAUAUGUCCUCGUGAUGCGAAAAGGUUAUUGGUAGUUCGAUAUGGGUGACAUUCUCAUUGGUGGUAAACCUACUGGGUGCAGUGGUACUGGUUGUUCUGCAAUUGCAGAUUCUGGGACUUCUUUGUUAGCUGGUCCAACGAGGAUGGAAAAGGCGUCGUUUGGCUCCAAAAAAAUUUAAUUUCUGUUGCCGCAAAAUUUGAAAGCUUCUUAGCUUGAGGUAGGGAUUUUUCCUACACUUAUUUAUGUACUUUUACUU